AUUCCCUCCCUCGCCAUCGUAGAAAUGGACGAAGCCGACUUCACGCGCCGCCUUGCGCAGUUCCCUGUGGUACGGAAGAAGACCCAUUACCGCGUGGCAUGGAAACGCGAGCCCGAAGAAAAGACAGUGUCAACGAUCACGGAGCUCGGAGAAGGUGCGAACAAGCGACCCCGCUUGGAUGUGUCGUUCAGCACGGCCUUGGAAACGUUCCUGGAGGAGUACUUCACGCCCGCGGAGUCGGUGCGCAUCCGCAAGGAGUUUGAAAAGGUGCAAGCAUCCUUCCUCAAUGGACUAUGUCUCGAGGAUAUGGAAGAGAUCGCGGCCCAGUUCAAACGAGCGACGACAGAGCAUCAUGUGGAUGCCCCAUCUCCAUCUCCAGUCGUCGCGGGACCGCCGAGUAAGAGUACAAUUCCAAACACGUGGUAAUCCAUGUAUAUUAUCAUGGCAGUUGACGUGUACGAUGCCGAUACGAAAA